UGCAAUCAAGAGUUUUACUGUACAGCACUGUACAGUUUGAGUUCCCCUUGUUUUUUGCCUAGACACUGCUCUCUGGUAAGCAUUGUAAGUCUGUAUUACCCUGCUGUCGAGCAAAUACUUUGAGUCGUCAGACAUCUUCAAAAAAACACAUCUUAUUUCAAAAUGUUUGCCUGCACUCGAUUCAUUGCUCCAAUUGCCAGGUCGACUAUUGUCGCCGGUAGCAAGAGUUACUUGCGUCCUUUAAGCAGUGCUGUAAUGCAACAGAGCCAGACUUUCCAGGAAACUCAAAAGCACACUCCAGCUAGCUUGUCUCCAAUCAUCCGUAAUUUCCAGACCUCGACAGUCAGUCGUGACAUUGAUUCAGCUGCCAAAUUCAUUGGUGCUGGUGCUGCCACAGUUGGAGUUGCUGGAUCUGGUGCUGGUAUUGGAUCUGUUUUUGGUUCCUUGAUCAUUGGUUAUGCCAGAAAUCCAUCAUUGAAACAACAACUUUUCUCAUACGCCAUUCUUGGAUUUGCCCUCUCAGAAGCCAUGGGUCUUUUCUGUCUUAUGAUGGCUUUUUUGCUCUUGUUCGCUUUCUAAGCUGUAAUAAUAAUUUUCAUAAUAAUAUCAUAUUUGAAAAAAAUUAUAAAGAAAAAAAAUAAAAUAAAAUUCUCCAUAAAACGAUAAAAUUACCCUUAGUGUUAGUGCGUCACUGCCGAGGCAGAAAAUCAUCUUUGCUUGUUGACUAGUAAUGACACUUGUCUGUUUGGUCCACGGGAGUCCAUGAAAUCAUUAAAGAUGCCGUUGAUUAAUAAAGAUAAAACUUAAUAAAAAUGUCUUGAAUUAUUCUUUUAAGAUAAACUUUUUUUUUUUUUUUUUUUAUACAUUUAGCCAAUUUGUUUAGGAAAAAAAAAGGACUUGACAAAUUUUCUGACAUUGAAAUAAGGCUUCAUUUUCUUCAUUUAUUGUUCUUCAAUAAGUUUUAAAUAAUAAUUGAAGAUCUUGCAAGAAUGGGUUGCCAG